UUCUAGUGAAAUGUCACAUUGAACGAUUGUAAACUACGAAAUUAAAAUUAUAAGUGACCGUUUUCAAGAUUACGUAUUGGCACGACGGAUUCUGAAAUUCGUAUUCCGGACAGCGGGAAAUUCGAAUACACCGUGAUACAAUGAAACCCCAAGAAAUCAGUCCCAAAUUGAUUAUUAGACAAUCUGCUGCGGGUCCGAUGACACUUGAACCGAAAACAAUCAACAAAGCUAAAAGUGAAACUAUGGAAGUACCCCCAGAUAUGGCCAAGACAGAUAAUAUGGAAGAGGCUGCACCGCCUAAAUCCAAGGAAAAAGAAAUGGUUUUGCACAUUGAUGGCAAACUCAUUUGUCUCUCUCAAAUAAUAGCUCAAAGAGAAGUGUUAUGUGUUUGCUACUCGGAAGAUUUCGAAUACCUUGCGGGGGGUUACACCGACGGUGUAAUAAGAAUGUUCCGUUCAGAUAACGCCGAACUCGUCAAAAAACUGGAAGAUACGGACGUAAUAAGAGCGCCCACAACAAGUAUGAGGCACAGACCCCUGUCAAAAAAUUAUCCCAUUAUGAAUACGAUAACCAGCACAUAUACAAAUGGUUGUGUAAAAUGUUGGAACUACAAUACCGAGCAAUGUAUUUAUACAAUAAGGGAAAAGAGACAAACCUUUGGCAUCACUUAUCACCCAAGACUUCCGAAAUUUAUGACUUAUGGAGACGAUGCGAAUAUCUUCAUGUACGAUGAAGAAACUAGAAUUCAAGAAAGGAUCUUAACCAGAAGUGACAGUCCAGCCUUACACGAUGGCCAUACGUCUCGUGUCUAUGCUGGUUGUUUUAAUCCGAGGUCAAAUCACGAAUUUUGUUCGGGAGGUUGGGAUAAUGUGGUGCAUUUUUGGGAUCUCCGCCAACCCCACGCUUUGAGGCACCUUUCAGGUAUUCACAUAUGCGGCGAAGGCAUAGAUAUCAAUCAAAAGGGAACUGAACUUGUAACAUGCGCCUUUCAAAAAGAGAAAAGCAUGCAGCUUUGGGAUUAUCCUACGGGUAAACUAAUUAUUACACUGGAGCCAGAUCUUAACAACAGCAAAUUAUAUUGUGGAAAAUUUGUGGGAAGAGAUUGGUUUAUUACUGGAGGGGCUGAUCCCGCCCUAUUACGAAUUUUGGAUACACAAUCAUAUACUUCCAGAGCAGUGAUAACAAACCUACCAACGGCAGUGUAUGCAGUGGAUCUUGGUCCUGCCAUAAAACUUAAACGUAAUCCACUGGAACGACAAGUAAAACAAGAUCUCUUUGGUUUUCCCAGAUUUGCCGUUGCAGCAGGGAAGGGCCUUUACCAAUUUGAGCCGAUUUAAUUUUUGAAUGUUUUAACACCUUUUGGUACUUUGUAUAUUUUUUGAAGAUUUUGUAAUGGGAGUGAAAUGACAGUUUCAAACAA